AUGUUUUAUGCCCACUUUGUCCUCAGCAAACGUGGGCCGCUGGCCAAAAUCUGGCUGGCGGCCCACUGGGACAAGAAACUGACCAAAGCACAUGUGUUUGAGUGCAAUCUGGAGAGCAGCGUGGAGAGCAUCAUCUCACCCAAGGUGAAAAUGGCUUUACGAACAUCAGGACAUCUGCUGCUGGGGGUGGUGAGGAUCUACCACAGGAAGGCCAAGUACCUGCUGGCAGACUGUAACGAGGCCUUCAUCAAGAUCAAGAUGGCGUUUAGACCAGGUGUGGUGGAUCUUCCAGAGGAGAACAGAGAGGCGGCCUACAAUGCUAUCACACUGCCUGAGGAGUUCCAUGAUUUUGAUCAGCCACUUCCAGACCUAGAUGAUAUUGACGUUGCUCAGCAGUUCAACUUGAACCAGAGUAGAGUGGAGGAGAUCACCAUGAGAGAGGAGGUGGGCAACCUCAACCUGCUGCAGGACAAUGACUUCGCUGACUUCGGUAUGGACGACCGGGAGAUGAUGCGGGAGGAGAGUGCGUUCGAGGUGGACAUCAUGGGAGCGUCCGCUUCCAACCUGCUGCUGGAGGCCGAGGGUGGAACUAACCAGAUGGCUGACAAGACUAACCACCUGGAGUAUGAUGACCAGUACAAGGACGACUUCGGAGACAACCCAAUGGAGAGCAACGAGGGAGGCAUGCUGGUGGACAAGCUGCUGAGUAACGAGGAUGGAGGCGGCAUCUUUGACGACCCUCCAGCCAUCACAGAGAGUGUGAUGAUGCCUCAGGACCACGGAGACGAUGACGACGACUUUGACGCUCUCUCGGCGGGUGCCCCAGAUAGUCCAGACUCAGGCCCAACAGAGCCCCUACCAGCCAUGGCAGACCAGGCAGAACAGACCACCCUGGUUCACAAUGAGGAAGAAACCUUCGCUCUGGAGCCUAUCGACAUCACAGUGAAGGAGACCAAGGCAAAGCGUAAGAGGAAGCUGAUUGUGGACAGCGUGAAGGAGCUGGACAGUAAAACCAUCCGUGCACAGCUGUCUGAUUACUCUGACAUUGUCACCACACUCGACCUGGCACCCCCCACCAAGAAGCUGAUGAUGUGGAAGGAGACCGGCGGAGUCGAGAAGCUUUUCUCUCUCCCUGCUCAGCCUCUCUGGAACGCUAGGCUGCUUAAGAUGUUUACAAGGUGUCUGACACCACUGGUACCAGACGAGCUUAGGAAGAGGAGGAAAGGUGGAGAGGCUGACAGUCUGGUUGAAUUCCUCAAGGACCUGGAGAACCCGGAGGUGCCCAGAGAGGAAACAACAGCACACCAGCAGAGAGACAUCAUGGACCAGACCAUCAUGGAGGAGGCCAAUGCUCUGCAGACUUCAGCUGUGGAAGGCAGCAGGACCACGCUGGACGAGUCGGUCAUGCCGCCGCCGUCCUCCCAACGUGGCCUCAAACGCAAAGCCCAGGACACAGAACCAGCCCUGCCUCCACAAGAGCCGCAGGGGUCCAGAGGCUCUAAUGUGUCCCAGCAGCUGGAGCCGUCCAAUGUGGAUCUUCCCCCAGAGGAAACCACUAACAUCAGCCAGCUGAUAGAGUUGGACCUGCUUGGUGACAAGGACAAGAAAAAGAAUGAUGACGACUCUGAUGAAGAGGAGGAGGCACAGGGAGGAGAUCAGGACCAGGAGGAGAGGAGGUGGAACAAAAGAACCCAGCAGAUGCUCCAUGGCCUCCAGAGGGUGAUGACCAAAACAGGUGCCCAGUCGGUCAGCCUGCUGGAUCUGUGCAGGAACAACAACAAGAAGCAGGCAGCUGCUAAGUUCUACAGCUUCCUGGUUCUGAAGAAGCAGCAGGCGGUGGAGCUCGUCCAGGAGGAGCCGUACAGCGACAUCAUCGCUACGCCCGGACCUCGCUUCCACAUCAUCUAG